AUGCGCCUGGCCGAUUUGGCCCCUUUGCUGCCCCUGCUGCUGUUGCUUCCAGUGCGUGUGGCGCACGGCCUGCUUUCACUGCCGCCUUGGCUGCGCUGCGUGCGCCAGGGAGUCGGUGCACAGGCCGCCGAUGUUUCCAGCACCAUUUACUCCGUUCUGUCUCGAGCCCUACCGGGAUCACUGGAGAACGCGCCUGUCCCGCAGCUCGGUGAUGACGAGCUUGGCUGCUCCUUUCAGGAAUUACUGGGCUCGGCCGCCGCAUCACCAGCCUUGUUUCAGCUUCUGCAGCGACAGGCUCACUUGAUCCUGGUGCUGUCAGACCUCGGCCGCAUCGCCGGCGGCAACCUUUCCCAGCGCGACCUGGUGCUGGAUCCCUGGCUGUGGGAGCACUGUCGGCAAGACCUUGGCAAGACCUCUGUGGACUGCGGAGACACCUUUGCCGAGGUUGCUGCAGCCCGAAACACUACUCCGAACAGCGCUUGUGCUAUGACCUCGCGUCGCCUGCGCCUCUCGGUGUUUCUUGUGGGCCCAGUUGCUCUCGCCUCGGCGCCGUGCACAUUCCAAAUCGCGAGCGCUGCCUCUGUCGGUGCUUUCUCGCUCCUAGGCGCCGUGUUUUUUGGAGAUGCCAUGGACUUGGCAUGGCAUCCGAAAUAUCGCAAGUAG